GACACAAUCCAAAAAUGGAUCGACGAGUUUGUCAUUGGGGCCGGUAUUAAUCUCUGGCUUGGUUGCCUCACAACUCACUGUUUUCGUCGUGGAGGUGCGCAAUACUGAUUCAUGUACGCCCCGGUGGGAAAGUGUUGGAGCUUGGCCACUAUUCGCUGGUGGGGUGGUUGGGCAGAAGGUGAACAUGUAUGUUGUCUUUUUUUGUGUCAAAGCACCACAAAGUUAAAUUUUUCAUAGCGGGACACCUUGAUAUGUUAUCUAUUGGAUGAACUCUAUUACUAUGAAGAAGGGCAUGGCGAUGCCCUACGACCUAUUCCCAAAGAUGCCGAUAAGUCAUUCUUAGGCGAGCACACAGAGGUUUGACCAGCUACCAAACAAGAAAUGCAAGCCAUUUUUAGUGCGCAAAUAGAAAACAUCACAGCCAAACUUUUCGAAUCAUGCCGUUCAACCAACACAACCUGGUUUGGAAUCACGAAUAGUGCCAGUUUGCCAU